CUGCCUCAAACAUACGACUGUUGAUUUUCCGCAAAGAUGGAGGAGGUUGUGUCAGAUCUUGUGGCACCAGAAGAUCUAAAGAGGUUUGAGAAGAAAUAUAACUCUGAGCUGGUGAAAGGACCCGUUUCCAAGGAAACCACAUUUGAGUACGCCUGGUGUUUGAUCAGAAGCAAGUACACAAAUGACAUAAUUAAAGGCAUACAGCUAUUGGAAGAACUGAUCCAUACAAGCAAAAAAGUUGAUCAGAGAGACUAUCUCUUUUACCUUGCUGUUGCAAACUACAGACUUAAGGAGUAUGAGAGAGCAUUGAAGUACAUUCGUACUCUGCUCAAGAAUGAACCAGAAAACAAACAGGCCCUGGAACUGGAGAAACUCAUCAACAAUGCACUUACAAAAGAUGGCUUGGUUGGCAUGGCGAUUGUUGGCGGUAUUGGAUUAGGUGUGGCCGGAUUGGCAGGCCUUAUUGGUAUGGCAGUGGCCAAAGGUGCAAAGUCCUAAUAUGGAGUUACAGAAAAGCAUUAAUUCCAUCUGCUCUGCAAAAAAAAAAGAGAAUUAACUUUUUCAGCAUCCAAUCACGUAAAACCACGAGACUUAUUUUCCAUUUUUUUUUUGGACAUUUCUGACAUGACAUCCAUAAUGAUGCUCGCAUUUUACCAAGUUUCUUUUGUUUUUCUGUGUGAAUCACCAGUUCUUUUUGGUAUGCAUAGAAAUGUGGGAUUGGAGUAAAUUAAUGUGUUGUAUUUUUUCCCUCUAAAACCUUUAAUUGUACACUGGAAUUCAAACUAGAGAGGCUUAGCCAAUAAGGUUUUGCACUACUGGUUAGGAUUUAUCAUAAUGGCUUGCACUUUUAAAGUUAUCUUUUUAAACUAAAUCUAUAAAUGUAUUUACAAUAAAGUAAAUCAAUAUGGAACGUAUUUGACAAACAGUUAAUACCUCACUUCUGUUAAAGAAUUAAAAAGGUGUACUUCCUGAACUAAAUCACAUGUGCUCAUUUCAUAUGAAGAUGUCUUGCACAACCAGGGUCAAACUUGUAAUGCAUUGUCUUAAAGGCACAGUAUGUUCAUUGUUGUUGUCACAUUCUGUUUACAGCGUCUGUUUACUUGUGCUGGCACGUGUUUCAACUACUGUGAUUACAUUGUGUGUGUGUGUCUCUGUGCCGCACCUUUGUAAUCUCUGCUCAUAGAUUUCAAAUUGAAAACAUUUGUGAAAGAUAAAUACUUUUUUCUGUUUUCCUCUUUCUUUAUACAUUGAUCAGAGCAUGUUAAUACAUAAGGAACUCCAUCUUUCAACAAGAGCACUGUAAGCCUAGAACAGGGUAAUGCAGGGAUUGUUCCAUUUCACUUUGAUAUGCAGCAUGUCCCGAGUUACACUGGAAUGACAAAAUUCAGUUUUCAUUUGGGUUCAUGUGGGUCUCAAAUCUCAGUUUCCUGUCCUUUUCAAGUGCUUGCAUCAGUAAGACAGGGUUGGAAAACUAAGAUCGGUUAUUAUACUAAUUGUGAUUUCCAGUAUACAUUUAUCUUGUUAUACUAAGCUUUAAAAUAUUUAAUUAGCUACAUAUCACACUUUUGGGAGUGCAAUGAUUUUUGCAUUGGGUUAAAGGUGUGGGAACCCUGGUAAGAUCUAGUAAACAACACUGAUAGUUGAUUAAUACUUUAAAUUUUUGAUGUGGUCUGAAGCUUUUGGUUAAAAUGUCACUCACAAAGUCAUUGUCCCUCAUGCAUCAUUAGCUCAGAAGUCUCUCCGAUCUGGGAGUAUGAACACUGAUUUCAACAACAGCUAACAGACCUUGAAAGUAACAAAUGCCCUGUAAAACAUGCUUAUAUAGGAUAAUGACUGAUAAUAACAUCAAUGUGAUGUUGGGUACAAUUCCUCUUUCUUCUUCCCUCAAUCUCCUCCCUGGCAUUGCCCUCAGAGUGAAGGGCACAUGUUAACACAUCUACCAGUUUUAUGAUGCCGAUUAGAAAUGUCAUUUUAUAACAGUAUUGAGGUUACUUAUUAACUUUUGAAGCAAAUGAUGACAAGAAGACUGAUGUACAAGCUACUCUCUGUUCUAGAGGAAGACAAUAAAGACAUUUAUGCAUUUGGCAGAUGCUUUUAUCCAAAGUGACUUACAGUUCACUUAUUACAGGGACAAUCCCCCCAGAGCAACCUGGAGUUAAGUGCCUUGCUCAAGGACACAAUGGUGGUGGCUGUGGGGCUUGAACCAGCAUCCUUCUGAUUACCAGUUAUGGUGCUUAGACCACUACACCACCACCACCACUCCGACAAGACAUCAAGACAUCUCAUGAUUCAGAAAUCAGCCCUAGAAACCGCUUAAGCUAAGAAAGCGUUUAGUUCUUAUUGUAAGUGUAUUGUCACUAGAGUUUUCUUAGCUUAAGGGGUUUCUUGCAACCAGGUUCUGCUCCUGUUAGUGGGACAUAAAGUGAACUUCACCUGUGGUUCUGUGAGGACACCUGUGUGAACCUGUGUGAAUCAUUUGCCACUUGCCAGUAGACGCACAUGUAAAAACAAUUUU